AUGCUAGCCGUUUAUGGGCACGCGAUGUUGGGGAAACAACACGUUUUCGGUCGCAAUCAGCGCUCUGAAAUAGGCAGAACGAGAGCGGAGGCAGCUGGGCGACUGAAGGGAGGCACACUGAGAAGACGGCACGGAUCAUCCUCCGAUGGAGACGAGCACCGUCAUUACGUGAGGUUAAGGCCCGGAACAGCCACAAAAUGCUACAAAACAAUGCCGACGGAUGGCGUGCCGUCCGCCCAAUUUGCGGCUCCCCGCGUUCACGUUCCCUCCCUUGGGGCUGCAUCGGCACAGUCCGCCCAAAGCCUUGAUGAGUGCCAAAUUAUCGAGCACAUUUUUUCGGAUCUGCAGUCAGGAUCCGUGUUGCAAGGGGAAAGCGGUAACACCGAGCUCGAGGGCAGAAAGAAAGCUUACAAGAACAAUUUAUUGAGCUGUCAAGAGUAUAAGCUUGCAGGAAAUACAAAAAUCAAAAUAGAAGAUUUUCUUUCAGUUUGGUCUCGCUCUCAAAAUUAA